CCCGGGGGGGAAGAAGAGAGUUUGUAGUGAGCUCUGUUUUGAGAAGCGUUGGCAUCUGCUUUGUGUAAGUUGCUUUUGCUUUCAAUACUUUGGAAACCAAACUUAGGAGAUUUAAACUGCAAACUUAUGCGUUCUUUCGUUAGUGUGGUCAGAACUGCAGUGUGUUUAUUUUCCGUCUAAGAAGAUAAUUAUCUGCCUUUGAACAGACAAAGGCAAGGAGCACUUGAAAGGAAUAAUGACCUCUACGUACAGCAGCCUUCAUGACAAUUAUGUCUCAAACAAAAGGAGGUCGACCAGCUGUGUGACAUUAGUUGUGGUUUUGGGCUGUCUGACAGUCCUGGGGAUCGUGCUCGCAAUCGCUGUGCUGGAAAGACCCCCGGCUCCAAAAGAUCAUGAGACACUUCCUGAAGUAGGCUGUGGGAGCGAUAUCUGCACGGAUCAGUGCAGCAUGGCGCUGGUGGAGAGCAUCCCUCAGCACAUGAAGUUCAAACCUAAUGCAACGCUUGGGAUCUCUCUGGAAAAAGCCUGGAAAGAUCUUCUCUCCAUGGCAACAAACCAAGUGGAUGUGUCGUCCUUCUACUGGACUUUAACUGGGGAAGACAUUAACGUUAACUCCUCCUCUGACAUACCUGGAAGGGAAAUCCUGAAAGAGCUUGAAGAGCUGCCCUCCAGGAAUGUAUCUGUCCGAGUGGUCACCAGUGUUCCCAGUGUCAGAACAAACUCCACAGAUUUAAAGAUAUUAAAGGAGAAAGGAGUUCAGGUGAGAAAGGUGAACUUUGGGCGUUUGACACAAGGCGUCCUCCACAGCAAGUUCUGGAUUGUUGACAGAAAACAUGUGUUUAUUGGAAGUGCUAACAUGGACUGGAGGGCUCUGACACAGGUGAAGGAGCUGGGUGUAGUCGUCUACAACUGCUCCAGUCUAGCAAAGGACCUGCUGAAGAUUUUCCAGUCCUACUGGGUGAUGGGACAGCCCAACAGUACCCUGCCACAACCCUGGCCUGCAAAGUAUGACACUGCCAUCAACAAACAUCACCCCCUGCAGGUGAAAGCUGAUAAUGUCUCCAGCAGGCUGUACCUCACAGGUUCCCCACCUUCGUUCUGUCCUCCGUCGAGGACUCAGGACCUGGAGGCCAUUCUCUCCAUCAUCUCAGAGGCCCAGCACUACAUGGAUGUAGCCGUCAUGGAGUACUUCCCCAUCACGCGCUUUGAUAAGCCUCAGAGAUACUGGCCUGUCAUUGACGACGCCAUCAGGACGGCUGCUUUUGAGAGGAGGGUUAAGGUCCGGAUGCUGAUCAGCUGUGGGCGGGACUCUGAUCCAGGCAUGUUGCCCUUCCUUCAGUCUCUGGCCUCGAUGGACAGCCCUCGCCAGGAUAUCAGCAUCGAGAUAAAACUGUACAUUGUGCCUGUGGGAAACCAGUCUGAUAUUCCAUACAGCAGAGUCAACCACAAUAAAUACAUGGUGACUGAUAAAGUCGCCUACAUUGGUACCUCCAACUGGUCAGGGGACUACUAUCUGACCACAGCUGGAGUGGGUCUAGUGAUUUCCCAGCAUGCUCCUCACCCUAUAUGGGAGACCAAGGCCCUGCAGGGCCAGCUCAGGGCAGUCUUUGACAGAGACUGGUUCUCUGAGUUUGCUGUGCACCUCGCUGACCUGGGGCACCACCCAGACUGUGCACUAUCACGAUGACAGAAACUCCCUUAUAAAAGGACAUAAAAAUAUUUUUUAUUAUUGAGGUCAAACCACAGUUUUGAUUUAUGUUGAUGUUUUUAUAUUAUCUUUGUCCAACUUAACAGCUUUUGUAUGUUAGAGGGAAAAAUGACAAAUCAUUUUCGGUAAAGUGAACGUACACUGACAGUAAGGAUAAACUGGAGGUUUUUAAAAAUGGAGCACUGACAUCAAUAGUUUAAAGUAUACCAGCUGUAAUGUAAUAUAAUGCACCUGUACCUACAAGUAAGGUUUACUGAGUUAUUAUUGAUGUUUUUAUAAGAUAUGAUGGGUGUUAAGUGCUGAGCUGAUGGUUGAAUUUGUGAUUGCUGUAUAUGUUUUAUAACUAUUAAAACAUAGCCUAUAUACUGUUUCAACAUCUAUGAGACUUUGUUAACAAUAAAAAUAAUGUGUGUCGAAA